AUGAUAUGGCUUUUCUUCCCUUUCUUCCUCUCUAUCUUACCCUUUGGCCUACAGGUUUCAAGGCUAGGAUUUGGAUGUGGAGGCCUUUCUGGUAUAUUAAAUGCCCCCCUUUCACACCAAGAUGGAUGUUCUGUUAUAAAAGAAGAUUUUAGCAAUGGCAUCACCUUCUUUGAUGCAGCCGAUGUCUACGGCAAAAACCACGAAAAUGAGAUCAUGGUCUGCAAGGCCUUGAACCAGCUUCCUCGAGAUCAAAUUCAACUUGCGACGGAAUUCAGUACUGUUGUGUUGGGUUACAUCGCCAUCAAGGGUACCCUCGAAUAAGUACGAUACUGCUGCGAAUCUAGUCUCAAGUGGCUCGAUGUGGAUUAUAACGAUCUGUACUACCAACAUCUUGUGGACACUUCGGUUCCAAUAGAGGAGACUAUGGAGGAGCUAAAGAAGCUGGUGGAAGAAGGGAAAAUAAAGUACAUUGUGUUAUCUGAAGCUAGUGCUGUCACCAUAAAAAGAGCUCAUGCAAUUCAUCCCAUUACUGCCUUACAAAUGGAGUAUUCUCUCUGGACUCGGAAAAUCGAAGAUGAGAUCAUUCCGGUUUGCUGGUAGAUUAGAAACUCGAUUCCUAAGAUGCAUUGGUUUUCCCCCCUUUUGCCUGUGAUUUCAAUCUUUCCCUAAAUGCUACAGACAACUCGGAUUUGGUAUAGUUGCAUAUAGUUCUCUAGGUCAUGGUUUCUUCGACAGGAAGGCCAUCGUGGACAGCUUGCCCGAUGGAAUUUUGAUUUUAGGUGGCUCUUAAAACAAUGUACUAAGCCUUCUUCGACUUACUCCUAACUUUUGUGUA